ACUGCUGUCCCCAUACUUGUGAAGAAAACAAUAUAAACUCUGGCCAUUUUCCUCUUCCCUUUCCACCUUUUCUGUUUCAUCCACUCUGAUUGAUGAAAAGCACCAAUCCCUUUUCUUCCCUCUUUCCUUCCCCUCCUUUGCUGCUAUAACUCUACACUCUUUAGCCUUUAUACCUAUCUCCCCUCACUCUAUAACCCUCCAUCUCUUCAUUAUUAUUAUUCAUUCACUCACUGCAGUUAUGAAGAGGUUCAGUUUCUGUGAUUCUUCUGCCACUUUGCUCUAUCCACCCCAAGAGAAGGAUAUGAAGGAGAAUUUGGUUUACAGCGGUGAAUUGCAGGCAAUGUUGGAUGGGUUAGAUGAUGAUGACAGUGUAGAAGAGAAUGUGGGUAUUAUGAAUGGGAAGAAGAGGAGAUUGAGUGUUGAACAGGUUCAUGCACUGGAGAAAGUGUUUGAAGUUGACAACAAGCUUGACCCAGAAAGAAAAGUGAAAAUCGCCGCAGAAUUGGGGCUUCAACCCAGACAGAUUGCAAUUUGGUUCCAGAAUCGCCGCGCCCGCUGCAAGACUAAGCAACUGGAGAGGGAUUACAAUCUGCUCAAGGCAAAUUAUGAAUCUCUGCACCUCAAUUACAUCAAAAUUGAACAAGAAAAGGAAGGCUUAAUUGCAGAGCUUAAAGGGCUGAAAGAGAAACAGCUGGUGGAAGAAAACAAAGAAUGCAAUCACUCUGCCAACGAAAACCAAGAUCCAUCAGCUCCAAGAAACUGCGGUUUAUCAUCAGAGACGAAAGAUUUGAUGGACUUCAAAGACGGUUCAUCAGACAGUGACUCCAGCGGGGUGUUGAACAAUGAAGAUUGCAGCUUCCACUAUCCGCCAUUGAUGCCGCCUAAAAGCUCAUCACUUUACCAGCCACAGUUCGUGAAAAUGGAGGAGCAAGCUAGUGGGUUUAACGCAGAGGAUUCUUGCAAUAUUUUCUCACUGGAUCAGCCUCCUAACCUUUACUGGUACUGCGGUGAUUACAGAAACUAUUAGUGGAUUAUUGGAUAUAAUCAUAUCAUUAUUAAUUCCAUAGUGGAAAUAAUUCAUGUGUACUACUUCAAGUACUUAACCCUUAAAAGGCUUUGCUUUGCUAAUUACUCCCUAGUACAAUUUUGUAACUUCACAC